AGAGUUGAGGAGUUGGACCACACUCUGAUCCCCCGCCAUCCGAAACUAGACCCAACGGAAUGACGACGUAAAACUCUAAUUACACGCGCUGCUUCCUUCACGCUCUAACUCUGCUCUACCUACCUCGUACUGCUGCUCUAGCUGUUGCUGCUAUCUGCUGGCUUGCUUGCUUGCUUACACAACCCAACAGCUUUCCCGCAACUACUUUCUCCCUCCCCCUCCCUCCAUAUACAUGCUCUGAUUAUUAUUAUUGAACACACGUGCGGGCAUCCGAAAGUAGGCAGUGAAUUGGGAAUGUGCACUUCCCCAAUUCUGCAUCCACAUCCACAGGAGCCGGAACAUACCACCAACCCAACAUGACAACCCCCAGGCGCAAGGCCUGUGUAGAGUGCAGACAGCAAAAGAUUCGUUGCGAUGUCGAGCAACACAAGACACCGCAUGAUCCAUGUAGUCGCUGCCAGAAGAUGAGCUUAGAAUGUCGCAUAUUGCCCACAUCAACCAGGAAUCUGCGGCAGACCAAGGCCGAAAUGAGGAGGGAGCUGGAAGCACUUCGGAUGAAUCUUCACCAUGGCCAUGAUGUCGCCGGUCACGUAAUGCAAACUCCGACCUCCCAUGCUGGCACCUCCGAUGGCCAACACUACAGUCCAAUUGGCCCUGGAUCGUAUUCGAAUGAGUCUGGCAGGGAUGCUUCUGCUUCCAUGUCGCCUUCCUUUCAUGAUGCGCCUUCCGGGCCUCCGACGCGGAGGUCUUCUCAUGGCCAUACUGCCACAUUGCCUCGCGUCUUAGAUAACUACGUCGUCGAUGCAAAGCGAAUAGACGACUGCUUCGCCCUAUUCUUCUCCCAGUAUCAUCAACUCUUGCCCAUACUGGACCCAUCGCUCAGCGCCAAUGAGCACUACGAGCUCUCGCCAUUUCUCUUCUGGGCUAUCGUCGUGACUGGUUCCAGGCGGUACAAUGAGGAUCCACAUGUUCUUGAUAAGAUCAGCCAUCUCAUCACACCCCUAGCUUUCUCAUCCAUAGCCCUUCGCUCCGAGCCCAUCCCGGUCAUCCAAGGGCUGCUCAUCCUCUGCACGUGGAGACUGCCGACCAAUUCUAUGUACAAGGACACUACGCACGUGCUUUGCGGUGCCGCUGUUCAUCUCGCCACUCAGAUCGGACUUCACGUUGCUGGCGUUGGGCAGGACUUCGCGCGCAUGCCGCUCAAGAAGGACCAAGAGCAGAAGAUGCUUCGAUUCAAGUUGUGGAUGCAUGUUGUCAUUGUAUCGAUACGAACGAGUUGCGCUGAAGGCAUCCCUCCUUUGGUCAUUGCCGAAUCUUUCUUCGAUGGUGAUGAGAGGGAGAGGGAGGAUCUCCUCGCCUACCUUCCGGGUGAAUUGCUGUUCCACCACAAGGUGCAUAGCAUUCUGCUGCGAGCAAUGUCAGCAAUGGUUCGGACUGACCUUCAAUCCCCUGCAUGUGAUGCGGGCGUGCUUCGUUCCUUGAUAUCCAUCUUCGACUCGCAACUCUUGAGCCUCGCACCAUCUUCGCCAAGUGAACUCGAUACGUUCAAUCUGAAUUGCGUCCGCAUACACGUCCUGGCCUUCCACUUCUUCGCCAACCCGAUCGAUCCAGGUCCAGAUGUCGAGGCGCUGGUCCGGCUUUACUCCCUCUGCAUACUGACCGUUCGGACUGCGACCAGUCUUGCACAGAACUCGAAUCUUCUCACCAUAUGUCCGUCAUUUAUAGACAGAACCCUUACGCUCACGGGAUUUGCUAUCCUCAAACUAGUCAAGAGCCCCAUCGCUCAGCAUCUUGAUCUCGCUGCUGGAGAGCAGGCAUUCUUCAUGGCUGUGCAGUUCAGCAAAAACAUGUCGCUGCAGAAUGGCGACUUGGGUGAACGUUGCGCCGCCAUCUCCGCGAACCUAUGGCACAGCACCAAAACAUUCCGCCGGAAGGACGGUCGCCUGGAAUCAUUGGGAUUGAGACUGAGGACACGGCUAAGCAUGAGCGUCAGCUUCGACAUGUUCUGGUACUGGAGGGAAGAGUUCGGCAACAUGGCAAACCCGUACAAUGGCGAGGAAAGCGCCAUGCCAUCGACCGCCGUCACCGAACCAACUACGCCCCAGUACGAAAAACGCGAACUCGCCGACCAAAAAGGAGUCACGCCCACCGCUGGCGCCGGCGUCCCCGCAGUUGUUCCCGCGCCAACAACCGCACCGCCAGCCAAAUUUCCACCCCUAGACGCACCGCUCGCCAUCCAGCAACAACCACAGCAGCAGCAACAACAACCACCCCCACCGGUCAAUAUGGGUUUCCCACAGGCCUCCUGGGACCCCUCGAACUACGCCGCGCCGCCCAUGCUCGACCAGUUCCCCGAUUACGACUGGGCAGCCAGCUUCGACUUUUCGAACGAUUUCAUGAAUCAGGGGCUCGGGCAAAUGCCCCCUGAGAACGUGGGAUAUGCGCCGAUGAACUUCGGUUGAGAUCGAUAGACGUCGAGGGUCGAAACGUGAUAGGCGGUGGUCCCUGGAGUUUUGAAUGUAGAUGUUCGUCCUGGGGUCAAACCGUCUCAUGCCCCGAUCAUACUCGUGCGGACCACGCAGGUAAUGCGGACGUCUUCUGCUG